AGCGCUUCUUUACGCUCUAAAGGACUUCCUGUCAUUCGCUGCGGCGUGAUGUCCUUCAUUUCAGUGUGAAAUGAAAUGUUUUUAUCGGGUUCUGGAUUCACAGUAGUGUUCGGUUCGGACUGGUUGUUCUGGGUCAUCUGAGCAGGAAUGUCUUCCCUCUGGAGCCUCAGACCGGCGCUGGAGCUGCUGGUUCACGCGACCCGGGUCUCCUCUUCCUGGACCGGGCCGCUCCUCUCCAGAACCAUGGCUACUCUCAACCAGAUGCACCGCCAGGGGAAGCCCAAGGUUCCCCCUAAAACUCUGGGCGCCACAUUCGGCCGGCCACAGCUCAAAGCCGUCGUCCUGAAGACGAUGAUCCGGAAGCCCAAGAAGCCCAACUCAGCCAACAGGAAGUGCGCCCGCGUGCGGCUGUCCAACGGGAAGGAGGCGGUGGUGUUCAUCCCCGGGGAGGGACACAACCUGCAGGAGCACAACGUGGUUCUGGUGCAGGGGGGCAGAAAACAGGACCUGCCCGGAGUCAAACUCACUGUGGUUCGAGGAAAAUAUGACUGUGCUCACGUGGUGAAGAAGAAGCAGUAGAUGAGGCCCACAAUGCUGCCGGAUUCAUGUUUGAUAAUCAAUGAUCAAUAAAAACUGUUUGGUUCCA